CUUUGAGAUUGAAAUGCUUUCCUGGCGCAUGUACAGGGGUAGCGCGAGACGUUGAACCGCGCUGACACAUCCACGCUCUCCGUAGUGUGGAACCUCAGCGAUCGAAGUUGCGCCUUGGUGAAGGUACGCCUGAACAACGGUAUGCCCGUAGAAGAUAUUCAUCCUUUUGCUCCUCAAUAUGUUACUUACUGGGGGCUGAUAGACGGAAUGGGAAAAUCUCUUUAUAGCUUGGCAUCUACACCGCGUCACCAGGAACUCGUAGUAAAGUAUAUAUAGCCUCGGACUGUCACCUUCUAGCAACAAUUCUCCAACAACAAUUCUUCUACAACAGUUCUUUCUUUGAGCAUCUUGUCGCAAUACUUUCUUCCUCGCAGCAAUGAAGUCCAUGCUCUCUACCGUCCUUACCAUUCUUCCAAGCAUCACUGCUGGAUUCUCUAUACCAACCCCACCAGGAAAAUAUAAUAUCACCAUGUCAAGCGGCGUUUUGAUUGAUCACUCUCGCGGUGAUCGAGCGUUGAUGGUCUCCGUCUUCCAACCGGCAGAAUGCAGAUCUGUCGUAGAUGUACCCUAUAUGCCAAAUGCAACGGCCGCGUACCAGGGGGCGUAUAUUGGAAAACUAUUCAAAUUGGACUUCGACUUUUCACCAUUACUACUCCAAGCCCGCCUUCCAGUUUGUUCCGUCAGUACUCCCAGCAAAGAUCAGAUUAAUGACUGCUCGCCUGUCGAGGAUGACCUCCCUGUCAUCAUACUAUCUUCGGGAUUGAGCUCUCCACGUGGGCUCUUCCACAUUCUUGCCUCCGCCCUUGCCAGCGAGGGCUUCACCGUCUUCACUGCAGAUCAUCCAGGUGAAACCAAUGUCAUCACCUACCCGGAUGGCCAUUCCGUCACCUUCGUUGGUCCUGACCCCGUAAGCCUCGACAUCAUUGCGCCUUACAUACAACCUCGCGUCUUGGAUACACGCUUAAUCCUCGACCAACUAUCAAACGCAACUGCAAUGGGAGAGCUCUUCCCUCAAAGAGGACCUCGGUCUUUUCCAACUGAUCGCAUAGCCAUGGUGGGCCAUUCACUUGGUGGGGUAACUGCCGUCCACGCCGCAGCUCAGGACUCACGCAUUCGCGCUGUAGUAGAUUGGGACCAACAGCUUUUUGGACCGGCUCUAUCCCCUAACUUUACCACUCCUGUAAUGUUUUUCAACAGACCAAACAGCACAAAGCUAAACUGGCUCGACGCUUGGCCUCAAAUUCAGGGUCCUAUGUUUUGGGCGGAAGUUGCAAAUACUACGCAUCAGACUUUCUUCGACCCACCAAUGCUCCUGAGAGCAGCUGGAGAGGAUCUAGCAUCUUUUGCCGAUUUCGCAGGUACAAUUGAUGCCGAACAUAUGUUGAGAAUGCAGGUGGCUUAUGCUUUAGAGUGGGUGAAGGGCGCAUUCGCUGGCAAGAUUGGAGGACCGAUAUUGGAGGGCCAAGAGCAAGACAAAUUCCCAGAGGUUACCGUGAUUGAACGACGAGGUUUUUGA